GGAGGCGGGGCGACUCCGGUGACCGGGAGCGCCGCAGACUGGCAGCUGCGGCGACUCCCCUCUUUGUGUCUGGUCUGUUCGGAGCCGCUGGAAGUGCUUCCCGGAGGGGCGCAGGGUGUCUCACUGCCUACCCCCUUCCGAGCCACCUACAUCCGCCCUCCCGCCGCCCCCCGCCCUCGGCCCGCGACGCCCGGGCUCCGCCCGGAGCCCAGAGCUGCGGGAGAACGGGGCGGCGGCGGCGGCGGCGGCUUCCUCCGGGGCUUGUGAUUCGCUCACAGGAGCCAUUCACGGGAGAAGACGAGGCUUUCAUGGUGGAAUUUACCUCAGGCAAGAUCGAGCGGCAGGAAUAAAAGAGAGCGAGAAAGAGGAGCGCGCCCGUGAGGGCUGGAAGGGAUAGCCUCCCGAGCCUCCCCUCCGCCUGCUGUCGCGGGGAGCUCCGGGCCCUGCCUGCCGACUCCUCCCCUCCCCCGCUGCCCGCCGCCCCUCAGCCCUCUCCCGGGUCUGCCGACCCUCGCACGAUUAUUCCGUGAGGGCUGUAGGCUUGUCCAUGGAGGCAGGCACCGUUUUCGAUCCAGUCGAGGAAGAGGAUUUGUUCUCGAAACCCGAGUGAAGGAGGCACCGAAGCGAAACUUUAAAAGGAUUCCUGCCCUCCGGAGCCCCGGGCGAUGCGACUCGGGCCUCCGGGAACCGCCGCCGCCGCCCACCCGGCUUCGUCCUUCCCGGCGGUCGGGAACUUGUUCUGAUCCUCGCCCCCCCACCCCGGUCGACUCCCCGCCCUCCACCCGUCUGCACCCCGGCUAUGUUUUCUCCCAGACCUGGAUAUUUUUUUGAUAUCGUGAAACUACGAGGGAAAUAACUGCGGCGGUUUCUUCUUGGCUCCCUGCUCUCCCCCACGAACAUGCCUUCAGUUUGGGGGGCUAAGGCACCCUGUCCUCGGCGAAGGAAUCCCCCCAGCCGCGAAGGAGAGAAAUGAAGGGAAUUUCUGCAGCGGAAUGAAAGCUCUGCAGCUAGGUCCUCUCAUCUGCCAUUUGUCCUUUCAAACUGCGUUGUAAUACGGGCAGGAUAAGUCCGGCGAGAGAGAAGACAAACCUCCUGGCCGUGUUUCUCCGCCAGUAUUUACUUUCCAUAUUUCUUUUCUUUGCCUCCUGCUUCUUGGCUGACCCAGGGAUGAAUUCCUCGCCGCGGCGGCCCUGGCGGAUGCCCUGGCUACUGUGGGCCGGUCUGCUGGUCAGCACUGCAGCCGCUUCCCAAAAUCAAGAACGGCUAUGUGCGUUUAAAGAUCCCUAUCAGCAAGACCUUGGGAUAGGUGAGAGUCGAAUCUCUCAUGAAAAUGGGACAAUAUUAUGCUCAAAAGGUAGCACCUGCUAUGGUCUUUGGGAGAAAUCAAAAGGAGACAUAAAUCUCGUAAAACAAGGAUGUUGGUCUCACAUUGGAGAUCCCCAAGAGUGUCAUUAUGAAGAAUGUGUAGUAACUACCACCCCUCCCUCAAUUCAGAAUGGAACAUACCGUUUCUGCUGCUGUAGCACAGAUUUAUGUAAUGUCAACUUUACUGAGAAUUUUCCACCUCCUGACACAACACCACUCAGUCCACCUCAUUCCUUUAACCGAGAUGAGACUAUAAUCAUUGCUUUGGCAUCAGUCUCUGUAUUAGCUGUUUUGAUAGUUGCCUUAUGCUUUGGAUACAGAAUGUUGACAGGAGACCGUAAACAAGGUCUUCACAGUAUGAACAUGAUGGAGGCAGCAGCAUCAGAGCCCUCUCUUGACCUAGAUAAUCUGAAACUGUUGGAGCUGAUUGGCCGGGGUCGAUAUGGAGCAGUAUAUAAAGGUUCCUUGGAUGAACGUCCAGUUGCUGUAAAAGUGUUUUCAUUUGCAAACCGUCAAAAUUUUAUUAACGAGAAGAACAUUUACAGAGUGCCUUUGAUGGAACAUGACAAUAUUGCUCGCUUUAUAGUUGGAGAUGAGAGAGUCACUGCAGAUGGACGCAUGGAGUAUUUGCUUGUGAUGGAGUAUUAUCCCAAUGGAUCUCUAUGCAAGUAUUUGAGUCUCCAUACAAGUGACUGGGUAAGCUCUUGCCGUCUGGCUCAUUCUGUGACUAGAGGACUGGCUUUUCUUCACACAGAAUUACCACGGGGAGAUCAUUAUAAACCUGCAAUUUCCCAUCGAGAUUUAAACAGCAGAAAUGUCCUGGUGAAAAAUGAUGGAACCUGUGUUAUCAGUGACUUUGGCUUGUCCAUGAGGCUGACUGGAAAUAGACUGGUGCGCCCAGGGGAAGAAGAUAAUGCAGCUAUAAGUGAGGUUGGCACAAUCAGAUAUAUGGCACCAGAAGUGCUAGAAGGAGCUGUGAACCUGAGGGACUGUGAAUCAGCUUUGAAACAAGUAGACAUGUACGCACUUGGACUAAUCUAUUGGGAGAUAUUUAUGAGAUGUACAGACCUCUUCCCAGGUGAAUCAGUACCAGAAUAUCAGAUGGCUUUUCAGACAGAAGUUGGAAACCAUCCCACUUUUGAGGAUAUGCAGGUUCUUGUGUCUAGGGAAAAACAGAGACCCAAGUUCCCAGAAGCCUGGAAAGAAAAUAGCCUGGCAGUGAGGUCACUCAAGGAGACAAUCGAAGACUGUUGGGACCAGGAUGCAGAGGCUAGGCUUACUGCACAGUGUGCUGAGGAGAGGAUGGCUGAACUUAUGAUGAUAUGGGAAAGAAACAAAUCUGUGAGCCCAACAGUCAAUCCUAUGUCUACUGCUAUGCAGAAUGAGCGCAACCUGUCACAUAACAGGCGUGUGCCAAAAAUUGGCCCUUAUCCAGAUUAUUCUUCUUCCUCAUACAUUGAAGACUCUAUUCAUCACACUGACAGCAUUGUGAAAAAUAUUUCCUCUGAGCAUUCGAUGUCCAGCACACCUUUGACUGUAGGGGAAAAGAACCGAAACUCAAUUAAUUAUGAACGACAGCAAGCACAAGCUCGAAUCCCCAGCCCUGAAACAAGUGUCACCAGCCUGUCCACCAACACAACCACCACAAACACCACAGGCCUCACUCCAAGUACUGGCAUGACCACUAUAUCUGAGAUGCCAUACCCAGAUGAAACAAAUCUGCAUGCCACAAAUGUUGCACAGUCAAUUGGGCCAACCCCUGUCUGCUUACAGCUGACAGAAGAAGACUUGGAGACCAACAAGCUAGACCCAAAAGAAGUUGAUAAGAACCUCAAGGAGAGCUCUGAUGAGAAUCUCAUGGAGCAUUCUCUUAAACAAUUCAGUGGGCCAGACCCAUUGAGCAGUACCAGUUCUAGCUUGCUUUACCCACUCAUAAAGCUUGCAGCAGAAGUGACUGGACAGCAGGACUUCACACAGGCUGCAAAUGGUCAAGCAUGUUUAAUUCCUGAUGUUCCACCUGCUCAGAUCUAUCCUCUCCCCAAGCAACAGAACCUUCCUAAGAGACCUACCAGUUUGCCUUUGAACACCAAAAAUUCAACAAAGGAGCCCCGGAUAAAAUUUGGCAGCAAGCACAAAUCAAACUUGAAACAAGUAGAAACUGGAGUUGCCAAGAUGAACACAAUCAAUGCAGCAGAACCUCAUGUGGUGACAGUCACCAUGAACGGUGUGGCAGGUAGAAACCACAAUGUUAAUUCCCAUGCUGCCACAGCCCAGUAUGCCAAUGGGGCAGUACCAUCUGGCCAGACAGUCAACAUAGUGGCACAUAGGGCCCAAGAAAUGCUGCAGAAUCAAUUUAUUGGUGAGGACACCCGAUUGAAUAUUAAUUCCAGUCCUGAUGAGCAUGAACCUUUACUGAGACGAGAGCAACAGGCUGGCCAUGAUGAAGGUGUUCUGGAUCGUCUCGUGGACAGAAGGGAACGGCCACUAGAAGGUGGCCGAACUAACUCCAAUAACAACAAUAGCAAUCCAUGUUCAGAACAAGAUGUUCUUACACAGGGUGUUCCAAGCACAGUAGCAGAUCCUGGGCCAUCAAAGCCCAGAAGAGCACAGAGGCCUAAUUCUCUGGAUCUUUCAGCCACAAACAUCCUAGACGGCAGCACUAUGCAGAGUGAGUCAACACAAGAAGGUAAAUCAGGAUCAGGUGAAAAGAUCAAGAAACGUGUGAAAACUCCCUAUUCUCUUAAACGGUGGCGCCCCUCUACAUGGGUCAUCUCCACUGAACCACUGGACUGUGAGGUCAAUAAUAAUGGCAGUGACAGGGCAGUUCAUUCCAAAUCCAGCACUGCUGUUUAUCUUGCAGAAGGAGGCACUGCCACAACCAUGGUGUCUAAAGAUAUAGGAAUGAACUGUCUGUGAAAUGUUUUCAAGCCUACGGAGUGAAAUUAUUUUUUGCAUCCUUUAAACAUGCAGAAGACAUUUUUUUAAAAAACUGCUUUAUCCUUCUGUCAGCACCCCCUCCCACCCCUGCAACAAGGACUUGCUUUAAAUAGAUUUCAGCUAUGCAGAAAAAUUUAGCUUAUGCUUCCAUAUUUUUAAUUUUUUUUUUACGUUUUGCACUUUUGUUUAGUCUCGUUAUAGUUAUAUUUGUCUGUUAUGACCACAAAAUUAUAUGUGUGUGUAUCAAAAGUGGUCUCAAAAUAUUUUUUUAAGAAAAAAAAGCAAAAACAAUGUAUUGCUGAUAAUCAGUUUGGACCAGUUUCUAAAGGUCAUUAAAACAAAAACAAAUUAUGACAGGUUUGACUGCAGUGAUGUCUGGUAUCCAUGUUUUAUUUCUGGGCACAAGCUAGUUUAUAUGUUGAUCAUGUUCCUGAACAUAUUAGCUUUUGGAUAUUCUUUUCUCUUGUGUUGUGUUUGAAUGUGCAAUAGUCUGUAGGCCACAAAUAAGCUUUCUUGUAGGCUCUCUUCCUAGCAGGGUACACAUUCUUCCAUAAUAUGAACAUUUUUCUCCCCCAUCUCCCAUAUUUUGUAGGUCAGCUCUAUGACAGUGAAUUUUGCACAGGAGAAAGCAGCUAUCUGAUUUCUUGCUUUCUCUCUCCUUAUCAUGGAGAAUGCAGAAACAUUGUCUCAAAGGGCUCUAAAGAAGGAACUACCAAAACCUAAUUUGAAAUGCCAUUUCUCUUGACCUUCCAAAAUUCUGAACAUUUCCUUCCGGGCAUUUUAAUAAACAUAUUUGGUUCUGGUUUUGGAAGUUUGUAAGAGAGCAUAGAACAAAAUGCAAGAAAUAAAAUAUUAGCCUUUUUUCAUUUUAUUUUUUAUGUAUGUUCAUGUUCCAUAUUCAUUUAUUUAAGAAAAGCAUUUUUAUCAGAAAACUUACAGAGCUAUACUUAUAUGGAAUUUUUAAGUAGGUAGAUGGUUAAGACAAUGUAGUGUUAUAUCUUUCAUUCUUUGAAUAAACCAUCUUUGACUCAAAUAAAAUUACACUUCCUGUUUAUUAUAACUUCAAAAGUAAUUUAUAGUUUUGAACCUGUAGUAUCUUAUUCUGUUCCCAAGGAAAGCCUGAUGACUUUAUCUGAAAACGUUCCUCUUCCCAUGACCUAAAACACUGUGUGGAAAAAUCAUUCAACUGGCAUGCCAAAUCCCUGUGAAAGGAAGGAUUGCUGCCAAAUCUACCUUUUUUGAGCAGACUGAGACUUAACCUCUUUACAAAACUGUGUUUUUUCUUGCUAAUUCUAUUUUUAUAAUUUCUUCUUUUUCCAGUUUUUCACAUGACUUUUGAUAUGUGAGCAGCAUUUAUUAUUUAUAUUAUAU